AUGCCACCACCACCCAGCAUCCUAGGCCACCCCUUCCGCGUGCUCCUCUACACCUGCAAAGCGCUCGCCCUGGGCCACCUAGCUGUCACCUACGGGUACAGCGGGGGGUACGGCUGGGGGCCCUCGAUGCUGCCCACCUUCCUCACCAUGGACGAGUGGUUUGUGACGAGCCGCGCCUGCAGACGGGGUCGCGGCAUCCAGGUCGGCGACUGCAUCGUCUACUCCAUCCCCGUCGAGCCCGGCGAGGAGGGCAUCAAGCGCGUUCUUGGUCUUCCCGGCGACUACGUCCUCCUGAACUCUCCCGGCGCCAGCAGCACCAGUAUGAUACAGGUACCAAAGGGCCAUUGCUAUAUAGUUGGAGAUAAUCUCCCUUGGUCCAGGGAUAGCCGCGACUUCGGUCCCUUACCCAUGGGCCUCAUCAAGGGUAAAGUGGUGGCUAAGGUGUGUAUAAAUGGCUGGUCGCCAUUUAAUUGGUUUACCAGAGUCGAAAGCGGUCUUCACUCGCCCUCAGAUACCUGA